AUGGACAUAUCCAGCUCGCCAUUCCCACCGCAAGGGACGUCUUGUCGAGACAGGCCUGCAUCCCCAGCUUGGAAGCAGCAAUAUGUUGCUCCCGGAGACGAAUAUUCUGCGCCACAAUUUUCACAGCAGCUUGCUGCCCUUCCAGUGCCUCGUGUGAGGCAAGUCGUGCUGUUCAGACGCACCACAGAGCCUAUCUCUGGUGACGAUCCCGAGGAGACUAUGACCUGCACUCAAGGCAUCGUCGUGGACUUGCCUCCGGACGAGGCACCACCACCUACCUUUGAGACGACCCCUGCUGCUCAAUUGCAAGAGCCUCAAGAACGGGUGCCACAAUUACAUUACGCGCCACCACCCGCGGCCGUCUGGAAUCCAGCUCUGGUGUAUGCUGAACCCGCCGUGGAGGACACCCCAGGGGGACGCGGCCAGCCCCGAGAUCAAGGCGAGCCCUCCGGCUUGUGCGCGCAAGGGCUGCAACGUCUUGAGACACCGCCGCCACCCGUUCCCUCCGAUCUCAAGCCUUCUCCGGGACCCUCAGAGCCCGCACCGGCCCCGAGUCCGCCCCCGCGCGAGAGGCCUGUCGUCGAGAUCUCCGCGCGUCGUAGCACAAUGCGCAUCAAGUCACAGUCCCCUCGGAGUCCUAUUCCCUCGGAGUCGUCCGUGACGGACUCUGACGAGUUCGAGCCGAGCACGAGCACGACAGACUCGGACCCGGCCUCGAACCCCGCGUCUGACUCGGAACCCGACCCGCAGCCACCCCGCAAGCGGCCGCGCUACGCGCCCGCGCCACGAGCGCACACCCCCGCCACGCAGACGCAGAGCAUGCCAGGGCGCGGGCUCGAGAUGGGCCCGGGGCGGUAUGCGCGCAAGACGGACUGGGAGCGGCGUGCGUUCACGGCGCUGCACGGUAUGAUCCGCUGCCUGUUCUGCCCGCCGGAGGACGGCCUGAAGCCGCGCGGGACGAUCCACCGCCUGCCCGACGCGGCGACACGGCACUUGCGGGAGACGUGCCCGCGGUUCGAGCAGAGUGAGCUGUAUAGGCGGCAUAGGAGCAAGAGCAAGGGCGGCGCGCCGUUGACGAAGGCGCAGAUUGUGGGGCGGGUGGUGAGGGAGUACGAGAAGGUCGCGGUGGUGCAGGUGUUUUGUCGCCGGGACGAGGGGUAUAGGAGGAGGUGCGCGGAGCUAGGGCUGUCGCCGGCGAACGUGGAGGCAAGGCUUGCGCGUCAUGCGAUUUUGUACAAGAUUGAGGAUUGCGAGUGCUGCCCUCACCCACUGUGGUCGGAGUAUCUGGCGAAGGCUAGGGAGGGGCAGCAGCAACAGAGGAAGGAGAAGAAGGGGAGGAAGGAGAAGAAGAAAGGAGGGAAGGGAGGCGGGAAGGACGAGGCUGCAGUCGAGCGUGAGGGUGGGGUGAAGAAGGAAGAGAAUGAGGACGUGGUCAUCCCGGUUGCAUUUCCCAAGCGUCGGAGGGAGUUCGUGAAGGGGCGAAGCCAGGAUACGAAGGGGCGCACGCUGAAGCGGAGUCUCUCCGACGUGGAUGAAGAAGAGAGUGAGGUCAAUCUGGUGCUGAAGGGCCGCUUGGAUGUUAUCGUGUCGGAAUGAGCUGCUGGUUUUGAAGUCGGUUGAUUCGCUGAAUAGCGUAGACUUGAUGUACAUAUUCAAUCAUGUUGGUACCUCGAAGAUCCACUGUGUUGGAUUUGCACCACAUCAGUUGUACUUAUCGCUGUAACGGUGAAUGGUACCGCCCUCCGAGGUGUAUUCGAGUAUGUGGGCGCCUCCGAACGUGUCAAAAUCAUUGGUAUUUUGCACCUACGCCUUCUCCGGCCAUCCCGGACUCGGAGACGUUCGAAUUCGGGAGUGCCUUGUAUACAGCUAUGGGUGGAAACGAUCUGAGCCUCAUCGACGGUCAAGACCCAGCUGCUCUCUUCCCUAGAGAAUGUGCGACAAAGCCAGUCUCGACUAGUGCAGAGGGGCCGGCAACUCCUCGCUGCGCAUACACUGUGGACGUGGUGGCGGUGAAGGUGGAAGAAACGAGCCCUCGGAUCCCUCGGGAUGAUAUCGACACCCAGCAACGCUCAGCAACC